AAUGAGCAAAGUAGAUAACAAAAAAAUAUUCGCUUUGAUGACAGGAGCAGCAGUCUUAACUGGGACCAGCAUUCUACUUUACAGAUUUUUGAAGAAGUCAGAUGGGUAUGUAUCUUUAUUUAUGGAAUAGGAAGUCAAUUAUUGAACCUUAAGUUAUUGAUAGGGAAACAAUCAUUAAAGUUUUAAAGGAAUUAAAGAAAGAGCUUUUCACUGUAUUUCAAAAUUUUGCAGCUGUUGCUAUUAAUAUUAAACAAUAAUCAAUGGGAAGAGCCAGACCUGAAGAUAUUAAAAUGAUGCUUUUAGAAUAACGUAAGACUUAAAAUAAUAUCUAAUAUAGCAAUGUUUAGAGGAGAAAUAGAAUAAGUUGAAGAGAUGGUCUAUAACUAAUUUAGAAUGACUAAAUAAUAAGUAGAGCAUUAUUGUCAAAAUGUCUAUCGUGAUGAUCCUACUAUCAAAGAAUUACAAAAAUAAAUGAAGGAUUCUUUCGAUAGAUCAUUUUCUGGUUAAUCUCCAGAUCCUAAAACAGAUAUACCAGCCUUUCUUACAGCUGAUACAACUUUUGAAAUUCUUGAGAAAGUUAUGACUGAAAGUGCCUUGAAAUUGAAUGAAAAAUUGUUAGAAUUACAAGAUAGAGGUGAAUAAAUCAAUUUCUAAAGUCCUAAAAUGAUGGAAAUAAUGUAAUCUCUCAAAAUGGAUAGUUCUAAGUAAAAUCUUUAACUCAUACUAGAAAGGAAAUCUUAGAAUAGUAUGGAUUAAAUAAAUUUGAAGAUCCAGGAAGCAAAAUUUUAUAAUAUGCCACCUAAGUUUAUAGUCAAUAAGCAAAUAGCAGUUUCAAUAUUAAAAUGAAAUAAUUGGAUAUGAAAUAUCAAUCUAUUAUGGAAUAACUUAUUAUGCAAGGACCAAUGAGUAAUGAAGAAUUGAAAUAAAGAAUGGAAUAAGUUCCAUAAUAAUAAGCAUCAUUCCCAUUCUAAGGUGCUUAAGAUCCAUAAAUUCCUCUUAAACAGGAAGAAUAGAAAUAAUAAGAAGAAUAACCUAAAGAAGUUCUUUUGGAAAAAGCAAAUGAUGAACCUGAAAAAUAGAAUUUAGAGGAAUAAUAAUAAUAAGAAUAAUAAUAAUAAGAAUAAUAAUAAUAAGAAUAAUAAUAAGAAGCAGAAAUUCAUGUAAAUCAACCAUAAGUAUAACCAGUCCUAGAAUAAUAAUAGGUUUAGGAAGAAAACCAAUAACUCAACUGAGU